GCGCCUGAAUCGCCGGCCCAAACAUGGCGUCCUCCGCUUCUGCCGGGACUCCGGCGGGGAAGCGGGUGGUGAAUCAGGAAGAACUGAGGCGGUUGAUGAAGGAGAAGCAGCGCUUGAGCACCAACCGGAAGAGGAUCGAAUCCCCGUUCGCUAAGUACAACCGUCUGGGGCAGUUGAGCUGCGCACUUUGCAACACUCCGGUCAAGAGCGAGCUCCUGUGGCAGACCCAUGUUCUGGGAAAGCAGCACCGGGAGAGAGUAGCCGAGCUGAAAGGCGCCAAGGGAGCAACCCAGGGCCCGUCGGCCAGCGCAGCGCCUCAACCUAUCAAGAGGAGAGCGACGGAUGCAGAGAGCCAUGACGCCAAGAGAACCAAGGCCUCCGUGGGGCCUCAGGUACAGCCCUCCACCUCGGCCUCGCCCGCCAACUUUGAGAAAUCAGGAAAGGAGGCUGCUAGGGCAACCUCCAGUAAACCUUCUGGACUCGGUUUACUCCCUGAUUAUGAAGAUGAGGAAGAGGAGGAGGAAGAAGAGGGAGGUGGAGAAGGAAGAAGGGACAGCAGCAAGCAUCUUCUAGAUGCACAGGGCAAAACCAAAGAACAUUCUCUUGCCUCUCCGACAACAAGCAAUGUGCUGCCAAAUGAUCCCUUUAAUACAAAUCCUCCCAAGGCCCCCUUAGUUCCUCAUUCAGGGUCAAUUGAGAAAGCAGAAAUACACGAAAAAGUGGUGGAAAGGAGAGAGAACACCGCCGAAGCAUUACCGGAAGGGUUCUUUGACGACCCUGAGGUAGACGCAAAGGUCCGGAAGGUUGAUGCCCCCAAAGAUCAGAUGGACAAAGAGUGGGACGAGUUUCAGAAGGCCAUGAGGCAAGUCAACACUAUUUCCGAAGCUAUAGUUGCCGAAGAGGAUGAGGAGGGACGGUUGGACCGGCAGAUUGGAGAGAUUGAUGAACAGAUAGAGUGUUACCGUCGGGUGGAAAAGCUGCGGAAUCGCCAGGACGAAAUAAAAAACAAACUUAAAGAGGUCCUGACCAUAAAAGAAUUGCAGAAGAAGGAAGAAGAGAAUGUGGACAGUGAUGACGAGGGAGAAUUACAGGAUUUGCUGUCUCAGGAUUGGCGAGUGAAAGGGGCUUUGCUGUAAGGUUUUGAAGACCCAAGCUUUCCAUUAUUCUCCGCUGCCCCAUAAAAAGUGCUGUGCUCUAGUACUUGUGUUGCUCUAGCCUUGGGUACCCUGAGUUGUUGAGAUAAAAUAAGCUAGUGAGCAGUAAUACUUCGGGGAAAGUACAGCGGUGCUAUUUAUUAUAAAAUGUUUGAGGUAAACCUGUUUUUGACAUUUUUGAAAUUAUAACCGCAAAUUGCCAACUUUUUCGUGUUUACAGACUUAAUGUUGCUUUUCAGUUGUAAAUACUGUGCAUAGCUAAAUAUAUAUUUACAUAAGUCACUGUUUUGAAACUUAUAAAUAGAAGUCAGACCAAAAAGACACGUUUCUAUGACCUUGAUGUACAUAUAUAUUUUCAAGCCUUAAACUCCAGGGUUUGGAGCUUUGGUAAGGUUGUUUGUAAAGGCUACUCAUAAACACAUAUAUUUUUUUCAUAAAGCAGUGAAUGAGUAUUCUGUUUUCAAAAGCAUACUUCAUGAGAUCACUGAGAAAAACAUGCCCCAAAUGCCCAACCUCCUUAAGCCAACAUUUCUUUGGACAAGACCAAUGGUUGUCAGAAAUGUAGGUCAGUAUCACCUGUGAAACUUGAUUGUGCAUGGAAUGUCAAAUCACCUAUGCAGCAUUAGUGCCUGAACCCUAGCCUUAGAGUCCAUAAAUCUAAAGGGGUCCAGAUGACAAUACUCCUGAAUGUUCCCAGGUUAUUCUAAUAUCUGCCCACAUUAGAGAGCAGCUGCCCUAAGUCCAGACCUAUUUGUAUAUUAUUUCAGGGUUGGUUUUCCUCUAAUAUGUUCUGUAAAUUUGCUGUACUCCCUGCCCCGCAGUGGUGCUAGGCAUCCUAUCCAGGGCCAUGAGUACAUGGUUACCUGCUAGGCACAUGCCACCACAGAACUGGUUUUCAAGUGAAGGAAAUAUUACCUUUUAUUUCUACCCCAUUGAGGCUGGAAUUUGAUUUUUGUGGUAAAAUAGGCUUGUAUUUACAGGUUCUUUCAAUUGCAGGAAGAUGUUUAUGUUGCUAAGAAAGCAAUGACAAUUGCCUUAUACUAACUGUUGAUAGUUUAAAGUACUCCACAUUUUGGAGGAUGAGUUGUUAAAAAAAGGAAAAUCAAUAGCAGUGUUUUAUAUACAGCAUGUUCAAAUUUAAUAAUAAUAAUAGCU